AUGGCUCCCAACGCAGGCCUCGUGCACCCAAAGGAAUACGACAUCAAAGACAGCAACGUCGAGCUCAUUGGCACCGAUAUAGACCACCAGGUCAAGUACAAUUCGGCAGUAUCCGUGCCAGCCUGGCACGCCAACGAUGUAGGCACCGCGGCUGGUCUUCACAUCUGGCGCAUUGAGGAGUUCCAGGUCGUCGCCUGGCCCAAGGACAAGUACGGCCAGUUCUACGACGGCGACAGCUACAUUGUCCUGCACUCGUACAAGGUUAGCGACGACAAGCUGGGCCACGACAUCUUCUUCUGGCUGGGCAACCACACCACCCAGGAUGAGGCGGGCACCGCGGCCUACAAGACCGUCGAGCUGGACGAGUUUCUCCACGGCGCGGCCACACAGCACCGGGAAGUGCAGCGUGCGCCGUCGGACGACUUCCUGUCUCUGUUCCCGCGCAUAUCCAUUCGUUCGGGUGGUGUCCGGUCUGGCUUCCGCCACGUGGAGGAGGAAAUGAAGGAGGAGAUCCUCACACUUCUGCGCGUGUUCAAGAACCCAAGUGCCGGCGCCAACGGGUUGGUUGUGCACGAAGUGGAGCCCACUUGGAGAAGCCUGGACGACGGCGAUGUCUUUGUGUUGGACACUGGCGACAAGAUCUGGGUGUGGCAGGGCAAGGGCUGCAGUCCCAUGGAGAAGGCCAAGGCAGCACAGGUUGUCCACGACAUGACCCUCGCCAAGCACGUCGACGUCGAGGUCCUGACACAGGCAGAGUCGCGAUCCAAGCGGAUCGUCGACCUGCUAGGCGGAAAUGAAGAGACGCCCAUGGACGGAUUCAAGGCCAGCCGACCUUUGGCCCCGGCUCGCAAAGCCGGACAGGAGGGGACGAGCAAGAAGCUUUUCCGUCUGAGCGAUGCUUCGGGUGAGCUGACCUUUGACCUGGUCAAGGACGGCCCCACACUCUCCACGGACGAUCUCGAUGGGAACGACGUGUUCAUCCUUGAUGAUGGUGGUCAGGCCGUCUGGGUUUGGGAGGGACAAGGGGCCAGUAAGGCGGAGAAGUCCAAGUGGUUGCAUGUUGCGAGGAUGUACAUCAACUGGCUGACCAGCCAAGACGAUGAUGCCUAUCUCAUACCAUUGGCAAAGGUCAACGAGGGUCACGAGAGUCGUUCUUUUUUGAAAGCGAUUGAAGCAUAG